UUUUAUAUUAUAUUUACGUUGAUUGGGAGGUGCUCAAGAUUGACAAUGACAAUUUUAAUAAAAUUCUUCAAAAUUUUCUGCAUAUUUUAUUACUCUAAGACUAUUGCAGCAAAUGAGAAUUUUGGAUUUAUGGAUUUAGUUCUAUUAGAUGAUCUUAGAAAUUUCUCAUUUACUACAAAAGAUUUAACAAUUACUCAGUACUUUAAUCCAGUUGAUGAUGAAUGGAAAAGAGAAAAAUGUAGAAGCUUAGGGUUUACAUAUAAAGAACCUGUAACGUACCAGCACUUCACUAGAAAUGUGAUCCCCCUUGAUAUAGUGAACGAAAGAAAACAUUUGUAUAGAAUUUUGUCUGAUUUAAUAUGUGGAGAUAGUAGUUUACAUAGUAAACUACAAAAAAAAAUUUUAAUCAGUUUUAGAGAAAAUCCAAUCAUGCAUGAAUUGUUUCUUACUAAAGAAAUUUUCAAUGAAUAUUUAAGCAAACACGUGAUCAUUAGAGAAUCAGAAAUAGAUGAAGAGGUUAAACAAUGUCCGAUUUGUUAUGAUAAUUCUACUGUAAUUUUAUGGAAUUGCAAACAUCAAUUGUGUCAGAGUUGUUCCGAAACAUUGAUAAAAGGAAAACGAUUAUGUUGUCCACUUUGCAGAGCAAAAAUUUUGUCUUUUUCAGACAAGGAAUUGGGGUACGUACAUAGUACGAUUGUACCAAUAGAAUUUUUAGCUGCAGCUUACUAUCUAGAUGUGUGUAUUCAUUUAUAUUUUGGAAAUUAUGGUUGGUUAUUGUUCCGUAAAGGCUGGCCAGAUUAUGAUGAACUUAAUAUGGAAAAUGAAAAGUGUAUUUAUUUACAUAUGUCCAACUUACACGUGGGCGUUAUAUCUGAUGUAACAAAUCCAUAGAUGAUUAUUCACUUAUCAUGUAGUAUCAUUUGUUAUAUUUUAUGAUAGUAUAAAAAAUACAAGUGUUUUUAUAAAAUUAA